CAACACGUAAACGGGCAAUCAGUAUAAAUGGUGAAAAAGUGUCUGUUCCGAACAGUACGCUCUAGCAACUGCAACAAGCUGAAGUAAUCAUGUUCGCUCUUUUCGCCAUUGCCGCUCUGGCCGCCACGGCCCAAGCUGGUAUCUCGGGAUACGGCCUCGGAUAUGGUGCUGGCCUCGGAUACGGUGCUGGUCUCGGAUAUGGCGGUCUUGCCCAUGGUGGCAUCGUAGCUGCCGCUCCUGCUAUUUUGGCUGCCCCUGCCAUUACUAAGGUCGCUGCCGCCGCCCCGGUCGUUGCCACCUCGGCUAUUACUACCCGCGCUGAUUCGUACACUCCCCUUAUCGGUAAGACCUUUGCCCCUAUCGGACUUGCUAAAAUCGCCGCUGCCCCAGUUCUCGCUGCCGCCCCAUAUGCCGCCUACGGACACGCUCGACUCGGUCUCGGCCUUGGUCUCGGUGGACUUUAUGGAGCUCACGGAUGGUGAGCAGGGGAAGAUGAGGUUCAUUGUAUCGUUUUAAAUAAAUUAGUCGGUGUAUAACUUGAA